AUGCCUGGCUACAAGUUCAAAGGCGAAGGAUUGUGUGACGAGCUCUUUGCAGGGAUAUCACAGACUCUCGACGAAGCUGGUGUCCCCAGUAUAUUGUGGAGCGAGUAUUUGCUGACGCUCUACGGAGUUCCUACUGUUUACUGGUCAGCCGACUUCAUUGUGCCCGACGACAAGAUAUCUACCGCCUAUGAAGCUCUUCGCGAAGCCGGAUUUCCCGAAUGUAGCCAGUUUGCCGACUGCAGACUCUGUGAUAAAACCUCACGGAAAUAUUGGCCGGUUCCACCGGCGCACCUACACAGAGACGACUUCGAAGUCAUUUCUCUUUUCAAAAAGUCGGAAACGCUUUGGAACUUGUCGAGUUUCGAGGUAGACCGAUCCAACGGAGAAUUGAUGUUUGCCUCAGACCCUCUACUCCCUCAUACAAAACAAGGGGUCGGGAGAAUGACCGGAUUUGCGCCUGACCUGCACCCUGUCCGCAUACCUACCCCGGCGUAUGGUACAGAGGCUGUCAUCAAACUAUCCUUCCGUGAUGAAGAAGUCGACUAUGCCUGGGAUAUUCUGUAUGGGUAUAUGGCAGAAUACGUGGAUAGGUCAGACAUCCUGGACAGUCAGAAGGAUCUUAAGCCGGAGUUUCGACCUCUAAUGCGCUGGCUAAACUCCACUGGCCUUACCCCGGCCGAGGACAUCAACGCCGAUGGUAAAUGCAUAUCGAAGUUGGCCAUGUUCAAAAAACUUGAGGACAUUCUGAAGUCCCAGAACGAGUUGAAACCGCCUCUUGUGUGA